UUUAGACAUUUUCAAACAUGCUUUGUCAUACAUAGGUUUUCUUUACGUCGGAUAUAUUACAGUGACAUUACAUCAAGAAAGAUUAUGAAUUUGCAACAACUCAUGUUAGUGUGAAUUAAUUAUAAGAGGGCAAUGGAGGUAGAACAGGAAGAAGGGGACACAGAUGAUUGGCCACCCUAUCUACUGGAGGACCUGCCCACAGAGGCUCUGUUGGAGAUAUUCCAGCACCUUGACUGGCACAUCCUUGUCAAUGUAUCCCAGACAUGCUCACGAUUUAGAGACCUCUGUCUAAAGGCAACACUGUGGUUACGCAUGAAGCGGCUUGAUUUUAGAAAUUGUGCUAUACCCUAUGACAAAAAGAUUUUACAGAUAAUGUCCAGGUGUCCAAAUGUUGAGGUGUUAUACCUGGGUGAUGUACUGCUGGAGGAACUGGAGGAGGAGAGUGAUAUAUUAGACACAAAUCUUGUUGGCAUCGAUAAAUUCUUCCUCAGUGUCCUCAGACAGAAUAUUCACAUCAAGCAACUUUAUCUUAGCAUGCAUGGAGUAACCAACCGAUCAGUUGAGGCUAUCUGUGCUAAGUGUACAGAACUACAACACAUUGUGAUAGAGGACAGUGAUCACAUGGACCGAGAUGCACUCUCUGACCUCGUCAGUAGUAUACCAGGCCUCCAGGAACUGCAUGUCCACAACUGUGUGUCUGUGAUGUACCCAGAAAUAGGACACCAGGAUCCCGAUAAAAAACUUAGCCUGACACGACUCAGUUUGACAGCAAUGGGGAUUUCUACAGAGGAUGUUAGCGUUCUACUCAGGAACUGUCUAGGGCUGUGUGACCUUGACCUUAGUGAAACCUUUGACCUACACAUCUUUCCCAAUGAUGUAUUACCAACACAGAAGAGUGCUUUGGAUACCUUACAAUCCCUUAAAUUACGAAACAGCAGAGGACUAGAGGACUUGACCAUUGGACACUGCCCUCAGCUGAAAAUGGUGGAUGUAUGUGGAUGUGUGAGCCUCACCUCUCUCACACUGUCCUGUCCUAGAGUUGAAGAGGUACUCCUUGAGGACAUCACUGAACUGAAUAAACUGUUCUUGUCACCUUGUAAUAUAGCCAAGGUCAAGGUGACAGACCAUGCUAGUUUAAAGAAUUUGGAGAUCACCAGUCCUGUCCUUGAAUCUGUCAGUCUCUGUAACUGUCCACUAUUAUCAACAGACACCUUAGUGUCUUGUGUGAAGGAACGUCAUUUCAUUACGGAACUCAUCCUGAACAAAUGUAUCAACAUACCGCCGGAGGAUGUCAACCACCUUGUAUUACCAGCUUUCCCAAACUUGCAGAGUCUGUCAUACAGUGGCCAUUCCUGGAGUGAUGUACACAUUACCAGCUCACAAAUCAACACACUAAUGUUUGGAGACUGUGUUAAUGUGAUUGGCCUUCCUGUCAACAUUCCGUCGCUACAGAGGCUGUCUGUGUUCCGCUGUCGUGACAUCACCGAGAGUGAACUUAUCAAUGGGCUGCUGUUUGGGAACCAGGCUCUGGACAACCACAACAAGCUGACUCCAACAGGGAAGACCCAAGUGACCUUGGAACCAUUCUCUCAAAACACAGGGACCCCAAAUCUACAGGAGCUCACUUUGAGGGAAAUGGUUGGAAUCCAUGGCAGUAUUCUAUCUGGGGCCAUGUCAAAUUUCCGGGAUCUGACACGACUAGAACUGAUAAAUUGUUCAUGUCUUACUCAGUUGAGUGUAAGUGACUGUACUAGCCUAACCCAUGUGGUUGUCCAGAGCUGUAACAGGCUGACCAAGAUGUCCAUUCAGCAGUCAGCACCCUGUGUCCAAACUGUAGAACUAAAGUGGUGUGGUAUGGUGGAACGAUUCUUCUGUAGGGGGAACAGACUUCAAUCUCUGGAUGUAGCAGCCACUAACUUCGUCCACUUCUCUUUGUCCAGUAGUUCACUGACCACACUGGCUUUAACUGGUGUCCUCACACAAACUGGACACUCCCUCGCCUUACAAUGUCCACUUCUGACAUCCCUGUCCCUACAAAAGUGUGACCUACUGACCAAUGCCCAGCUGAUCCACCUGCUGAGUGGUACAACUGUACUGACCACUGUAGAUGUCAGAGGUUCCUCCUCCCUAAGUUCUUUAGAGAUUCCAGGAGGAGUGAAGUCAUGCUAUCUGAUGGGGCACAGACGACUACAGGAAAUCACAGUUCAACAUCCCAUACAGAUGUCUCACAUCACACUCAACAACCUACCCAAGUUUGUCCCAAGCCAGCGUCUGACCCUCUUAAAGGCCUGUGAGAAUACACUGACCGUGUUAGAAUUGCGGGCUAUACCAGGGGAGACAAAUCUCGUACUACAGCUGAGAAAUCUCGAAUCGCUAACUCUCGACCAGGGACUAUACCUUCUUCAUCUUGAAAUCCUCUGCCCCAAGUUGACCUACUUAAGGAUCCAGGGUUGUCCCAAGUUGUGGCACCUGACUAUAGAACUGGAUCGACUGUCACAGCUACAAGUCACACACAGCUCCCCUCUCCUGGCACUGAGGUCUAUGGAACUACAUACAUCACAUGUAACCUACCUGGCUAAGGUUAUAGCAUAUUAUUGUCCUAAGCUGCAGAAUCUGAAGCUUUACAGAACUUAUGUAACUCAAGAAAUGAUAGAGAAGCUUAGCAGCCUCAUUCUAACCUUGGAGAAGUUGAUUUUAUAUGGUUGCCAUGGACACUCAGUCACAGGAUGUGAGUCUGUGAACACGAUUCUCCGUCCAGAUUCCACAGCACUCUAUAUUUCCAGUGAGAAUAUCCCAGGCUCCUGACAGCAAACCACCACUAGAAACUGAACAGUUCAUGUUGAUCAUUAAUAGUUAAUUAAAAUAGCAUUGAUAUCAGGAAGAAUCAUAUGUGACAUGGCAGCAUAUUACUGACAAUUUGUGCUACAAGUAAUUACCAGUAGGUAAGCUAAUAAUAACUGCUUGAUUAGAUAACAUGUGUUUCCAGACGGACAGAUACACUUAUAUCUGGACAAUCUUUAAGACCAUAUACUAUUGAUAUUUACCAUAGAUAUGAAAUCCAGCUCGUCUCCUAGUGGACAUUAGUCCUUAAAGGAUUUGUUUCCAUACUUUGGUUUCCGGCUUGUGCAGUGGAUAGCAAAGCCAUAUUUCACCAUUACGCCAAUCCCAAAAGGACAUGAAAAGUAUGAGGUCAUUGCUUGACCAUUGGGCAGUUAGGGAUGCUCCAAUUCCUCUCAUAUGUGCUUCCAUCCCAGCCAACAAGAGUGAUCAAGUCAAUACACCUGUCUUCAUUGUAAUUAUACAAAAAAACAUAACAUUUGAUAUAUUUUGUGAUAUUUUGCUGUGCCACUAUAACACUCCAUGAGAUUCGGUGAAUGAUGACAUACAGUAGGCAGCUGUUUGGUGCAAUUUGCACCUGGUGUUUCUAAUAACCUUCGUCUGAAAAUAAAAAUGACCGAAUGAUUUUAAUCCAAACUGAACCCAGUGACCUUGAACAAGUCGUUUACCUGUUGUUGACAUUGACGUAUCCUCCGUUCUCCUGUAGCAGGUGUGAUGUGUACGAGAGAAAUAUAUAACUAGUAUGGGCAUUUAUUAGUGGUGUCUGUGGUUUACUGUAAUGUUUAUUUGUAAUGUGUUGUGUUGAUGACCAAUACUGAUAGAAGUUGAUAUUGGAGAUAAAGAACAAGUAUUUUAUCAGGACAUUGAAUGAUUGGUAGCAAGUACUUGAUUGUGAUGUUAAAUGAUCGAAAACAGGUACCUGGUAUAUUAUCAUUGUGUUGAAUGAAAGGAAAACCAGUACUGGCAACGGUCCUCAAAUUAUUUGGGUACUUCAAAUUACUUUUUAUCCAAGUUGUAAAUUUUAGAAUAUUACAGAAAUCUCAUUGAAGUACAUAUACUUGUAUAACAUACAUAUAUACUGGUAAUAUGGAAUGGCUUAUGUCGCAUCAACAUUGUCAUGCAUUGAUGCAACGUCAAUAUUAGAUAUAUAAGAGAGUAAACAGGGUAAGAGAAAAAAUAAGUAUUCACCACCUUGGGAACAAGACAGGGGGAUCUCAAACCUCUGGGUUAGAUUCUUAAGCUGCCAUUUUUUUUUUUUUUUUUUUUUUAACGUCCUAUUACCAGCCAGGGUCAUUUAAGGACGUGCCAGGUUUGGAGGUGGAGGAAAGCUGGAGUACCCGGAGAAAAACCACCAGCCUACGGUCAGUACCUGGCGACUGCCCCACGUAGGUUUCGAGCUCGCAACCCAGAGGUGGAGGGCUAGUAAUAAAGUGUCCGGACACCUUAACCACUCUGCCACCGCUGCCCCUUAAGCUGCCAGACAUGAAGCUUCCACUCAGGUCGAGAUCCCCAUUUAACACCCAAGGUGAAAUGUUAUAAUAAUCUCACUGUAGAACUGAGACAGUAUCAACUAACAUGUCACAUCCACAUUAUCGUGUAUUGAUGUACAAAAUUUUCAGUCAAAUUGUUGUAACCUUUAAAGAAAUAGUUUAUCAUGUUUAUUAAACUUGUAAACUUAAUUCGUACUUACACCAUGGACAUACAGACAGUGAAAUUUAUUUGGGUCACAGUGAUAUACACCUCCAGGUCAAAUAAUUAGAUUUAUCUGUGUAAAGUAUACUGCAUCACCAACAGGUGUGAAGACCUCAUGGUCAAAGAUUUAAUAAGUCCAAAAUAAAUGCAUAUGGGUGACAUGAUUUUGAUAUAAAACAAAACAAAAUCCACAAUACUAUGUGUGUAAAAUAUAGUGCUGUAAUUUUUUCUAUUUUCUAAAAUGUUUUAUCAUCACAAUAUAUACAUGUGUAUAUAUGUAGAGCGAUUUACAAUUUUUUGUACAUGGAUAUAUAACUGGGCUUCCAGGCAAACAUGAAUAAUUUGAGUACGGGAAAUUUCUUUUUAGAGGUAAAAGAAUGGAUGUUGUUUAAAGUGUGUUUUUAGAUUGAUAACAUUGUGUGAAUUGAUAACUCUUUUAAACUUGUAACCAAUUUAUGUUAAAUGUUGAAAAAUAAAAUAAUUAUUUAUCUCCUUUUUGUGAAGGUGGAUACAGUUUUCAGUC